ACUCACACCCUGUUUUACAAGUCAGUCAGGCCGGAGCAUGCUGGAGAGAUCAGAUUCACUGCAGAGCGUGUCUCAUCCUAUGCAACACUCACAGUAAAAGAGCUCCCAGUCCAAAUAGUGCGUCCUCUGAGGGUCAAGAUAGCCAUGUAUCACCACCGGGGUCUGUUGGAGUGCCAGGUGUCACGACCCAAUGCUCAGGUCAGGUGGUUCAAGAACAGGAAAGAGCUCCUGCCCAGUAAGAAGUACCAUCUAAUCAGCCAGGAUAUCUACAGGCAGCUGAUCAUUGAUGACAUCUGCUCCUCAGAUGAGGACAUCUACAUCUGUGAUGCAGGAGAUGACAAAACCUCUUGUCAGCUUCUGGUGGAGGAGCAAGCCAUCACCAUAGUGCAGGGAAUGAACUCAGUGGAGGUGCAGGAGCCAGAGCCAGCACUGUUCCAGGUGGAAACCAGUUUGAAGUCAGUGAGGCCUCCAAAGUGGACCCUGAACGGUGAGGUGUUGGAGCCAUGUGCAGCAGUGAACAUUGACAGGGAGGGCACCCUCCACAGCCUCUGUCUGACAUCCACAGACACCUCCAUGUCCGGCCCUGUGAUCUUUGUAGCUGGAAAGAGUCGUUCCACUGCUUUGCUUACUGUGAAAGAGCGACCUCUUCAGAUUGUCCACCACUUAGAAGAUGUGGUUGCAAAGGAGAAUAGCUCUGUGACUCUGAGCUGUGAGUUUGCCCCUUCUCCCAGGGUGGUGCGAUGGUUUAAAGGUCGUACAGCUCUGAAGACCUCAAACAAGUACAGCAUGAAGAGAGAAGGGAAACAAGCAGAACUGAUCAUUCAUGGCCUGGCCGGGAUGGAUUCGGGGCAAUAUCGCUGCAUGGCUGGGGGUUCACAGAGCACAGCACAUGUUAAAGUGGAAGUACGAGCACUUAAGUUGGUCAAACACCUUGAGCCAGUGGAAAUUGAGGAGGAUGGCAUCGCGACCUUCUCGUGUGAGCUCAACUAUGUGGUCGCCAAUGUGCAAUGGCUCCUCAACAAUGUCCGCCUCUAUUCCAACGCCAUAAACCGGAUCCAGCACAUGGGUACAAUGCACAGUAUCACAAUCAAGAAGUUGCGACCACAGGAGAGCAGGGUCACCUUCAAAACGGGUCUUCUCUCUGAGACAACCACCUUAAAGGUCAAAGAGAGUCCAGCAGUUUUUCUUAGGUCUCUGGAGGAUGCAGUAGGAGAAGAGCAAGGGGACGUCUGUCUGCAGUGUGAAAUCUCUAAAGAGACAGUGGCCCCUGUUUGGAGAAAGGAUGGUAUGGUGCUGACAGCUGAUGAUAAACAUGAGCUGCUUCAGUUCGGGAAGUCCAUGACACUGAUUAUCCAUUCACUGAGUAAGGAUGAUGCUGGACAGUACACCUGUGACCUGGGCACCAGCCAGACCAAGGCUAAAGUUACAGUACAUGACCUACACAUCACUAUUGUUCAGCGUUUGAAGACAAUCUCUGUCCUGGAGGGUGAAAACUGCACUUUUGAGUGUCUCCUGUCUCACAUUAUCGAUGAUAAGCCUUUCUGGACAAUCAAUGGUCAAGAGGUGGCCACCAAUAGCCGUAUCCAGGUUAUCAAUAAUGGCCGCAAAUAUGAACUGACCAUCAGAGAUGCUAUACUGACUGACGCUGGAGACGUGAUCUUCACAAUUAAAGAUCUCAGCUGUAGGACCAUGCUCUUUGUUAAAGAAAAGCCGGUGCACAUCUUCAGGGACCUGCUGAAUGUCAAGGCAGUGCCAGGUGAGGAUGCAGAGAUGAGCUGUGAAAUUACCAAACCACAAGCCACAAUCCGCUGGCUUAAAAAUGGCCGUCAGAUUAGGCAGAGCCUGAAGUAUGAGAUGAGUGUGGAGGAGAAUUUGGCACGGCUGGUAGUCAAGAAUGCAGCCAUCAGAGACUCUGGGGAGUACUGCUGUGAGGCUGAUGGCAUUGCCACCCGUGCCAGGCUUGAGAUCAGAGAACUCCAGCACACAUUUGCUCGGGAGUUAAGGGACACACGAGCAGAGGAAAAGGGUAAAGUGACCCUGGAAUGUGAGACCAGACAGCCAGCCAAGCGUGUGACCUGGCUAAAGGGCAUGGUGGAGCUGAGGUCCAGUAGGAAGUAUAUCAUCAGGCAGAAGGGCGUGGUGCUGUCGCUGACCAUCACCUGUCUGGAGAAAUCGGACACGGAUAUUUACACAUGUGACGUUGGCACCAUGCAGAGCCGAGCACAGCUGGAUGUGCAGGGUCCAAAGGUUCUGAUUCUGGAUGAGUUAGAAGAUGUUAUGUGUCUAGAGGGUGACACAGUCACAUUCAAGUGUCAGAUCUGUCCCAGUGACUACAUCGGGGUCAAAUGGUAUCUGGACGAGACCCUGCUGUAUACCAAUGAGCUCAAUGAGAUCCAAAUGCUCCCAGGGGGCUACCACACCCUCACAUUUAAACAGCUUGCCCGCAAAGACACUGGCACUAUUUUAUUUGCAGCCGGGAACAAACGAUCAUACGCCUCACUGUUGGUUAGAGAGAGGCGUCCCACUAUCAUUAAAGCACUGGAGGACUGUGAGGCUAUUGAAGGAGGUGGUUUGCUUCUGUCAUGUGUGACCUCCAAACCGUGCCACAUCCUGUGGUACAAAGAUGGCUGCCUGAUGUGGCACUCCUCCAGAUAUUUUGCCAGUCGUUCUGGCUGUGAGGCACGGCUGACAAUUCGGGAGGUCUGUAACAAUGAUGCCGGGGUGUAUGAGUGCAGUGCUGGAUCUGUUACGACCAGGGCUGUUGUAACUGUCAAAGCCAUCCCAGCAGAGUUCACCCAGCCUCUAAAAGCUGUGGAGGCCAAAGAAGGAGAGACUGUGACACUGACCUGUGAGUACUCUCUGCCUGGGGUCCAGUUCCACUGGCGGAGAGGUUUUGAAAGCCUCAGGCCUGGAGACAAGUAUGUGAUGAAACAAAGAAAGACAAUAAUUUCUCUAACCAUCAAAGCCCUGAAGCCUGUUGACUCUGGAGAAUAUAUCUGUCAGUGCCGAGAUCACAAAACUACAGCAAGUCUUAAAGUGCAUGCUAUCCCUAUUUCAUUCAUACAACAACUGAAGAACAUGCAAGCAGAGGAGGGCAGCAAUGUCAUAUUGCGCUGUGAGCUGUCCAAACCUGGAAUACCAGUAGAAUGGAGGAAGGGACAUGAGCUGUUGAGGAGUGGGGUCAAGUACCAGAUAAGGAAAAGGGAGACUACGUUGGAGCUUCUGAUAUGGAAGCCUGUGCCUAAGGACAGCGGUGUCUACAGCUGUGUGUGUGCUGAUCAGAUGACAUCUGCCACUGUCAAAAUCACUGCUCUCCCAGUCACCUUCAAGCAGAAGCUGCGGAAUGUGCUGAUUGAGGAGGGAAACAUUGCGAUUUUACGCUGUGAGCUGUCUAAACCUGGUCACAGUGUGCAGUGGAGAAAGAGGGGCAAUGAACUAAUUAGGAAUGGUGAGAAAUAUCAUAUGAGGCAGAGAGACAUGCUCAUUGAACUGAGGAUCUCAGAUGUGAAACCCGAGGACAGCGAUAUCUACACAUGCGUCUGUGGAAACAUAGAGACUUCUGCGAGUCUCACUGUGAAUGCUCUUCCCAUUACCUUCAAGCAAAAGUUGAAGAAUAUCCAAGCUGAGGAAGGACACAACAUCACACUGUAUUGUGAAAUUUCCAAACCUGGUGUCCCAGUGGACUGGAGGCUUGGAGGAGAUCGGCUGGAAAACGGAGAGAAGUAUCAGAUGAGGCAGAGGGACUCGGUCUUGGAGUUGACCAUCAGAGAUGCUGUCCCUGAGGACAGUGGAGUCUACAGCUGUGUGUGUAGAGAGCAGAGGACAAAGGCCACUGUUAAAGUUAUUGCGGUCCCUGCCACCUUUAAGGUGAGCCUGAAGAGUCAGGAGGCAGACGAAGGGAACAGUGUGACAUUACAGUGUGAGCUAUCAAAGCAGGGAGCCGCAGUACAGUGGCAAAGAGAGGGUCAGGUGCUGUCUGAAGGGCUGUCGCGAGGAAAGUAUCAGAUGAAGCUUGAGGGAAAGACUGCUCUGCUGACCAUUCUCAACAUCCAACCGGAAGAUGCAGGGAAGUACAGCUGCCUCACAGGAAACGAGAAAACCACAGCUGAAAUUAAAGUGAAACCACUUCCUGUGACGUUCAAACGAGAGAUCCAGCACCUGGCGGUGAAGGAAGGGGACAGUGGAGUUUUCUGCUGUGAGCUCUCCAAACCUGGAGCUCCAGUGGAGUGGAGGAAAGGCAGAGUCAUCCUGAAGCCAGGAGAGAAAUAUGAGAUGAAGCAGGAGGGACGUCUCACUAAACUGGUCAUCAACAAUGUAAAGGAGAACGAUGCUGGGAAAUACACCUGCAAGACUAAUGACAGCCAAUCAAACGCUGAGCUCACUGUUCAAGGUUUACCACCAAAUUUUAAGCUCCCACUGGUCAACCAAGAAGCGACGGAGGGCAACAGUGUGGUUCUGCACUGUGAGCUUGACAGACCUGCCUCAUUGGUAGAGUGGAGGAGAGGAGGUGAACUUCUGAGGAAUGGAGAAAAGUAUCAGAUGAGGAAGAAGGACAUGCAGGUGGAGAUGAAGAUUGCCAACCUCACUUUGGAUGAUGCUGGAGUUUACACCUGUGUAUGUGGAGAACAGAGGACAACAGCUAGGAUCACAGUAAAUGAACCACCCAUCAAAUUCCUUCAAGAGCUGAAGAAUAUUCAGGUGCAGGAGGGUGGUGGGGUGACACUCUGCUGUGAGCUAUCCAAACCUGGCACUCCAGUGCAGUGGAAGAAGGGAAAUAAAGUUUUGACCAGUGGAGAGAAAUACCAGAUGAAGCAGAGCGGCUCCCUAGUGGAGCUCCUCAUCAGAAAAAGCCAGCCUGAGGACAGUGGCACAUAUAGCUGCGUUUGUGAAGACAUAAAAACCACUGCCACCAUCAUCAUCACUGCGAUCCCAGUGACUUUCAAGCAGAAGUUGAAAAACCAGGAAGCUGUGGAGGAGGGCAGUGUGACACUGCGGUGUGAAGUUUCUAAGCCAGGAGUCCCAGUGGAGUGGAGGAAAGAUGCUCAGACUCUGAAGGAGGGAGAAAAAUAUCAGAUGAAGCAAGAGGGCAGGGUAGCUGAGAUGCUGAUUAGAAAUGCAACUCUUACUGAUGCUGGGGAGUACUGCUGUUCUGCUGGUACUGUGGUGACUUCAGCUGAUGUCAGAAUAAGAGCACUCCCUGUAACAUUUAAGCAAGAGGUGGAGAAUUUGGAGGUGAAAGAAGGGGACAGUGGAGUUUUCUGCUGUGAGCUCUCCAAACCUGGAGCAGCAGUGGACUGGAGGAAAGGUAGAGUCAUCCUGAAACCUGGUUACAAAUACGAGAUGAAACAGGUGGGAUGUCUCACAAAACUCACCAUCAACAACAUAGAGGAGAGUGAUGCUGGGAAAUACACAUGCAAGACUCAAGACAGCCAAUCAACUGCUGAGCUCACCGUCAAGGCUCCUCCCAUCACAUUCAAGACAAAGUUAAGGAACCAGCAGGUGGAGGAAGAGAACAACUUGACACUGAGCUGCGAGCUAUCUAAGCCUGGUCUUGCUGUUGAAUGGAGAAAAGGAGAAGAGCUGCUGAAGAAUAACUUCAAAUACCACAUUAAAGAUCGAAACAGUAUCAUGGACCUGACCAUCAAAAACACACAACUGGAGGACAGCGGGCUUUACAGCUGUAACUACGGUGAUGUGAAGACAACAGCCAACAUCACCAUUACACCUAUUCCACUCACCUUUAACAUGGGCCUGAAGAACCAGGAGGCUGCUGAAGGAGGCAAUGUGUCUCUUUGCUGUGAGCUGUCUAGGGCCGGGGUGCCUGUACAGUGGUGGAAGGGGGAGGACCAGCUCUGUCAUGGAGGACGAUAUCAGAUGACACAAAAAGGGAAGAUUGCUGAGAUGCGCAUUAAAAACAUCCAGCCAGAGGACGUUGGGGAGUACAGCUGUGUCUUUGGAGAGCAGAAGACAACGGCUGAAGUGAACGUGAGAGCGGCAGCAUCUGUGUAUUUUGAGAAGAACCUGGAGAACAAAGUGGUGAUGGAGGGGAAACCUGUGCUGCUCUCUUGUGAAAUUUCCAGUGCUAAUGUCCCAGUUACGUGGAAGAAGGACAACACUGUGAUAGAAGAGGGAGGCCGAUGCAUUUUAAAGAAAAAAGGCCCUACACACUCUCUGGAGAUCAAGAAAUUGCAUCUGGAGGAUGCUGGGGAGUACAGCUGUAUCAGCAGAGGCAAGAGGACCACUGCCAAGCUGAUCGUGAGGGAGUGCGUGAGGAUUGUUAAAGAGCUGCAAGACAUAAUGGUCACAGCGGGAGAAGAUGCAGUGUUUGUGUGUGAGCUGAGCCAUGCAGAUGUGAGCGAGGGCGUCUGGUGGCUGGGUUUCAGCCCUCUACAGAAAAACGAGAUGAACCAGAUGACUUGCCAGGGUCGCCAGCACCAACUGGUCCUCACCAUGACAACACCUGAAGAGACAGGCACUGUGGCAUUUGUCAUUGGGGAGGAGAGGACCUCUGCACAUCUGCUAGUUGUUCCUAAGCCCAAAGUUUUAAUUGAGGAGAAGCCUGAAGAUGUUGUGAUCAUGGAAGGAGAGACAGCCACCUUUUUCUGCACAAUCUCUGACUUUACCUCUCCGGUUACCUGGCGACGCAACCAUAUUCCCCUUCAAAAUGGUGAUAAAUAUGAGUUUCGUAAGGAGGGAAAAGUCAACUUACUGCUUAUCCAUGAUGUGGAGCCCCUGGAUACCGGUGUAUACACCUGUGAUACAGGAGAUAUGCAGGGCAAUGCCAAACUUACUGUAACAGAACUUCCUCCAUUCUUCCAAGAGGAGUUGCAGGGUGUUGAAGUAGAGGAGGGAGGUUCAGCCUCUCUGUACUGUGAGCUGUCGAAACUUGGAGUGCCAAUUCAGUGGAAGAAGAAUAGAAUGGCACUAAGAGCCAGCAGAAAGUAUGAGAUGAGGCAGAAUGGCUGCUUCCUCCAGCUCCACAUCAACAACCUCAAACUUGAGGACAGUGGCAGCUACUCAUGUCAAGCAGGCAGCGCAGAGACCACUGCAACUCUGACUGUACAAGAGCUCCCUCCAUUCUUUAAGAAAGAAUUAAGAAAUGUGGAGGCUGAGGAGGGAAGUGUAGUCUCCUUGUGCUGUGAGCUGUCCAAACCUGAAGUGUCAGUGCAGUGGAAGAAGAACAGACUACCUGUUAGAGCCAGCAGGAAGUAUGAGAUGAAACGAGAUGGAUAUCUCCACCAACUCCACAUUAAGGAGCUCGAACCUGAAGACAGUGGCAGCUACACAUGUCAAGCAGGAAGUGCAGAAACCACUGCAAAUGUUUCAGUGAAAGAGCUCAAACCAUUUUUUAAAGAAGAACUGCAGAAUGUGAAAGCGGAGGAGGGAGGCGAGGCCUCUCUCUGCUGUGAGCUGUCUAAGCCUGGGGUGUCAGUGCAAUGGAAGAAGAACAAGCUGCCACUGAAGGCCAGCAGAAAGUAUGAAAUGAAAGAAGAUGGCUGCCUCCUCCAGCUCCACAUCAUGGAGCUUACACCUGAGGACAGUGGCAGCUACACAUGUUGCACAGGAAGUGUGGAGACUACUGCAAUUGUGACAGUGAAAGAGCUCCCACUCUUUUUCAAAGAUGAAUUGCAGAAUGUGGAGGCGGAGGAGGGAGGUACAGCCUCCCUAUCCUGUGAAGUGUCAAAGGCUGGACUGUCAGUGCAAUGGAAGAAGAACAGGCUUCUAUUAAGAGCCAGCAGGAAGUAUGAGAUGAAGCAGGAUGGCUGCCUCCUCCAGCUCCACAUCAAGGAUCUCAAAUUUGAGGACAGUGGAACCUACACAUGUCAGGCAGGAAGUGCAGAGACCACAGCAACUGUGGCAGUGAAAGAGCUCCCACCGUUCUUCAACAAAGAUUUACAAAGUGUGGAGGCUGAGGAGGGAGGUGAAGCCUCCCUCUGCUGUGAACUGUCUAGGUCUGGGGUGUCAGUGCAGUGGAAGAAGAACAAGCUGCCACUGAAAGGCAGUAGAAAGUAUGAGAUGAAACAAGAUGGCUGCCUCCUCCAGCUUUACAUCAAGGAUCUCAAACCUGAGGACAGUGGAAUCUACACAUGUCAGGCAGGAAGUGCAGAGACCAGAGCAACCAUUUCAGUAAAAGAGCUUCCACUAUACUUCAAGCAAAACUUAGAAACUGUGGAGGCUGAGGAGGGAAGUACAGCUUCUCUGUACUGUGAGGUAUCUAAACCUUGCAUGUCAGUGCAAUGGAAGAAGAACAAGCUGCCACUGAAAGUCAGUAGAAAGUAUGAGAUGAAACAAGAUGGCUGCCUCCUCCAGCUCCACAUCAAGGAUCUCAAACCUGAGGACAGUGGCAGCUACACAUGUCAUGCUGGAAGUGCAGAGACCAGAGCAACCAUUUCAGUAAAAGAGUUUCCACUGUACUUCAAGCAAGACUUAGAAACUGUGGAGGCUGAGGAGGGAAGUACAGCUUCUCUGUACUGUGAGGUAUCUAAACCUUGCAUGUCAGUGCAAUGGAAGAAGAACAGUCUUCCAUUAAGAGCCAGCAGGAAGUAUGAGAUGAAGCAGGAUGGCUGCCUCCUCCAGCUCCACAUCAAGGAUCUCAAACCUGAGGACAGUGGCAGCUACACAUGUCAGGCAGGAAGUGCAGAGACCACAGCAACUGUGGCAGUGAAAGAGCACCCUCCAUUCUUCACCAAAGAAUUACAAAGUGUGGAGGCUGAGGAGGGAGGUGAAGCCUCCCUCUGCUGUGAACUGUCUAUACGAGGGAUUCCAGGGCAUUGGAAGAAGAACAGUCUUCCAUUAAGAGCCAGCAGGAAGUAUGAGAUGAAGCAGGAUGGCUGCCUCCUCCAGCUCCACAUCAAGGCGCUCACACCUGAGGACAGUGGCACCUACACAUGUCAGGCAGGAAGUGCAGAGACCACAGCAACUGUGGCAGUGAAAGAGCUCCCACCGUUCUUCAACAAAGAUUUACAAAGUGUGGAGGCUGAGGAGGGAGGUGAAGCCUCCCUCUGCUGUGAACUGUCUAGGUCUGGGGUGUCAGUGCAGUGGAAGAAGAACAAGCUGCCACUGAAAGUCAGUAGAAAGUAUGAGAUGAAACAAGAUGGCUGCCUCCUCCAGCUCCACAUCAAGGAUCUCAAACCUGAGGACAGUGGCAGCUACACAUGUCAUGCUGGAAGUGCAGAGACCAGAGCAACCAUUUCAGUAAAAGUGCCACAAAGGUCUGGGGUGUCAGUGCAGUGGAAGAAGAACAAGCUGCCACUGAAAGUCAGUAGAAAGUAUGAGAUGAAACAAGAUGGCUGCCUCCUCCAGCUCCACAUCAAGGAUCUCAAACCUGAGGACAGUGGCAGCUACACAUGUCAUGCUGGAAGUGCAGAGACCAGAGCAACCAUUUCAGUAAAAGAGUUUCCACUGUACUUCAAGCAAGACUUAGAAACUGUGGAGGCUGAGGAGGGAAGUACAGCUUCUCUGUACUGUGAGGUAUCUAAACCUUGCAUGUCAGUGCAAUGGAAGAAGAACAGUCUUCUAUUAAGAGCCAGCAGGAAGUAUGAGAUGAAGCAGGAUGGCUGCCUCCUCCAGCUCCACAUCAAGGAUCUCAAACCUGAGGACAGUGGCAGCUACACAUGUCAGGCAGGAAGUGCAGAGACCAGUGCCACUGUGGCAGUGAAUGCUCUACAUCCCACUCCAACAAAAGCAGAUUUUAACACAAUACUACCUCGGCCAAAGGGCACUGUUUCCAAACCACUGCCUACUCAGGAUAAUGAGAAGCCUUGCCUCGCAGAGGCCAUACCUGUUCCACCAGAGCCUAAAAAGAGGACUAAUAGGAAGGCAUCUAUUACAAAUUUAGAAAAAGAUGUGGAACCUUUGUUUGAUCUUAAACAGUCUAUGCCAAGGGUAUAUAAUGAAGCUCAAAUGACUAAUGAGAAAGACUCUGAUGUGCAGAAUGUAACACAAGACAGUGAUGUGUACAAGAAAGCUGAUAAGCCAGUGAGAUUGCUGGAGCAUAAUGGCAUUGAUAGGAAGGGUGACGAACCAUGUAGACCUUUGGAAACAGAAAGUGAAGUUUUCCUGGAGAAGACACAACCAGGAAGGAAUUUGGAGAAAUUGGCUAAAGUUGACCUUAAAGUAAGUCAGUCUGAGAGGAUUCUGGGUGACACUAUGGUUGAUCAAAAGAAACAGCCUUUAAUAUGUUCAGAAAUGAAAACUGAAGUUCAACAGAGCUCCAAACAAAUAAGUAAGCCUUCAGAGAAAGCAGGUGAAGUUGAUAAGAAGAUGAUACCUCCAGGGAUAAUCCCACGGAAAAACAUUGGGGAUGAAAAACAGCCUCUGAAACCACCAGAAAGGUUAACUGGAAAAGAAACAAUUACAGAACUAGAUAUAAAAUUCAUAGUGAAGGAAGCUGGAGCAGAAGAACCUUUAAAACCGCCAGCAAGAUUAAAAGGAAAGGCAAUAGAGGGAAAAGAACCACUUAUAUAUUUUCCAAAGGAAACUGAGGAGCUCAUAUCCCAGGUAAAGGAUUUGGAAAAUUAUUCAAAAGAACACCAUGAACAUAGUGAACAUGUAAAACAACAAGAAUCCAGAGAGGCAAAGAUAGAGAAAAUGGCACUAGAACAAGUGCCUUCUCUAAAUGACCUGGACAAACAAACAGAAGAACAACCAGAAAAGCAUUCAGAAAAAGAAGCUGGUCCUCCAAAACCACCUAUGAGGGCAAAAAGUAAACUAAAGGGAGGUCUCCAAAAGCAAUCAUCAAGGGACACUGGGACAGAUCAAGAUGAUCUAGAGCUGAGGGGUAUGGUCAAAGCAGUGACUGAUCAGCCAGUGAAAUUGUCAGUAAAGCCUGUGGAAAAGGAGGUUGAAGCAAAACCAGAUUUAGAGAGGAAACCAUCAGUAACAACAGACACUGAAAUAGCUGAGAAAGUAAGGUGGUCUGGGAAUGUUGCAGAUGAAGACGCCAAACAACCAAUCAAGGAGCCAGUAAAACCCAUGAGAAAAGAAAAUGAAGCUGACAUGAAAGUGGCAGUUGAACCAUUGAGGAAGGAGGAACAAAAACAACAGACAGCAACCAUGUCAGAAGACAUUCUCCUUCUCUAUAUUUCUGAAGAUGAAACCUUCUCAGAGGCUUUAACUGAGAUACCAGUGAGUGACAACAAUGUCCAGCCUGUUGACUCCUUUAUUCAGGGGUCAACCCAGCCCUCUGCCCUUCCCCCACUCCAGAAAACGCAACCAUUCAAGGAUGCUCCUCCAGAGAUUGACAUCAGUACUGAGGAUGAACCACAAAUGCAAGAGGCUGCAGUCAAGAUCCAGGCAGCCUUCAAAGGCUACAAAACACGCAAAGACAUGCGACCAGUCUUUAAAGAGGUGUUUAAGAACCAGAGUGCGGAUCUUCAUGGUACAAUCACUCUGGUGUGUACUGUAGAAGGAAAACCCAGCACAGUGCGCUGGCUGAAAGAUGGCCAAGAAAUUACCAAUGGCAUGCGAUGCUGUACUGAGACCACUGAGAAUGGUAUAUGCACACUGGUGAUCAAAAACCUGACCACCAAUGACAGUGGAAUUUAUACCUGUGAAGUGGUGAAUAAGUUUGGUGUGUCCUCGUACAACGGAAAUAUAACAGUAGUACAGCCUCAGCAGCCUUCUCCAAUAGUCCAGAAGCCUGUACACCCACCCCUUGCAGCCAUAACUCCUCUGCAGCUUGCACCACCAAAGCCUGAGGCCCAGGCCAAAUCACAGCCUCAGAAUGUGUCUCAGACUCAAGCUCAGUUACCCAAUUCAGCUACAGAUGCUGCAAGCUAUGUAGAAAGUGUGAGCAUUUCUCUAUGGGAGGCCUACAACUUGACGGAGCGGGAUACACCAGGGAACCUACAUGAGAGGAGAGGAUCAUCAGUCAUUGCUACCAGCUCCAUGUCAAGUCCCUCAGAAUAUGACACAGCUCCUGAUAUAAUGGAUUAUGUUGAUACUGGCCCACCUGUGCCAAGGGAAGUGCCAAAACCAACAGACCAAAUACCUCCAAAGGACGAAACUGAAGAGAUAGUUGUGCCACAACCUCCUAAGAAACUAAUGAAGGUCAAAGGGGCUCAUGAAAACAGAAUGAGGACACCAUCUCCAAAGCACCAUCAUGCCCACACACCCGUAGCUAGUACUGUCUCUGCAUCAGAGUCUGAAGGGGAAGAGGAAAGGCAAGAGACAUUUGAAAUGUACGUGGCUCGAGCUGACUGCAAUCCCAACAGUGGACAUAAGGAUAGUUUUAUUCUGAAGGAGGGCCAGUUUGUAGAGGUCCUGGAUUCUGUUCAUCCUGACAAAUGGCUGGUGAGGACCAAACCCACCAAAACCAAUCCAGCUCGACAGGGAUGGGUGUGUCCUGCCUACCUGGAGAAAAAGAGAAAGGAGACAUUCCCACAGUUCAGAGCACCUCAAGAGGAUCUUGAUGGAGUUGGGCCUAUAGAAGAGUACAGGAGAGCUUUUAGCCAACUGGUCCAAGGCUUGAUUGAUGGAGAAGAGGAGUUUGUAAGGGAGAUGAAGAUGUUCAUCUCUUACCAGCUAAACUAUUUGGACUCUAGUUGCCAUGUCCCUGUUAACAUCCUCACCCAGAAAGAGAUCAUUUUCAGGAAUAUCAAGGAUAUUCUAUUUCUGCAUGAGAGGUCUAUCCUUCCUGGUCUGAGAGACUGUGCCACAGACGAUGAUGUGGCCAUGCAUCUGCUCAAACACGCUGAAGACUUUGAGAAGUAUCUUCACUACAUGGUGGGACAAGCACAAGCAGAAGCCUGUAUCACUGACAAGGCUACUCAACAGUAUUUUAAAGAAUUAACAGAAUCUGGUAAGCCUGAUGCUCUAGAUAUGGAUGUGGUUACUUUCCUCCAGCGACCGGUAGAGAGGAUUCAAACCUACCAGGCUUUACUGAAGGAGUUAAUCAAGAAUAAAGCCAAAAGUGGUCAGAGCUGUUGUCUGUUAGAGGAUGCCUUCUCCAUGGUGUCCUGUCUACCUUGGAGAUCUGGCAACCUGGACCAGGUGUCCCACAUUGAGAACUACCCAGCUCCUCUGUCCGCCCUGGGUGAGCCUGUGAGACAGGGAUGUUUCACCGUUUGGGAGGAAUCUCCAGAAACUAAGGCAGCCUCUAGAGGGCAUCAGAGACAGGUCUUUCUCUUCAAGGAAUGUGUUGUACUGUGUAAACUGAAAAGAGACACCAGCAUGAACAGUGAUACCUUCACCUUCAAGAACAAAAUGAAGCUGAAUGAUGUGGAAAUAAAGGAGACUGUGGGCGUAGAUGAAAAGUCUUGGGGAUUGUGGCAUGAGCACAGGGGCUCCAUGCGGAGGUACACACUGCAGGGCCGCUCCACCUUGGUUAAACUCUCCUGGCUCAAGGACCUAAAGGAGCUACAGCAGCGCUCCAGCCUGCCAACUAACCGGCCACCAGUAUUUGAGUCAUUGCUGUCUGACCUCACAGCAAAGAUAGGACAAACAGUCAAACUGACCUGCAAGGUCACAGGGUCACCAAAACCAGCCAUCAGCUGGCUCAAAGAUGGCCUUCCUUUAGAGGAUGACCCCCGUCACAUCAUCACAGCAGACCGGUCCGGCACCUGUAACCUUAUCCUGGACAGCCUCACUGCGGAGGAUUCUGGACAGUAUACAUGCUACGCGACCAGCUCGAUGGGUAGUGCUGGUACUCUGGCAAAGGUUGUGGUGCAGGCUCCACCCAGAUUUAUGAGUCGGCUGGAGAGUGCCUAUCUGGUAGAAGGAGAGGAUAUCCAGUUUACCUGCUCCACGCCCACUACUCCUUUACCACGGAUUAGGUGGCUGAAAGACGGAAGAGAGUUGGCUGAUCAUCAGAAAUAUUCCAUUGUGAAUGAUGCACGAAGUGGAAUUUUGUGUCUGACGGUCAUAAGUGCAACAGAUGCAGAUAUUGGACAGUAUGAAUGUGAGCUUUGGAAUGAGUUUGGCUGCGUCAAGUGCAAGGCAGGAUUGUGCCCCGCCUAUGUACCACCUGUUUACACGGAGAAUGACCAGCCACAGGACUUACCUCCUAAAGGUAUGACUGGCAGAGUGCCUGAAGGUAAAUAUCCUCCACACAAGAUGGGAACCUAUCACUGGGUUUUCAUGUGGAUCCACACCUUCAUUAGUUCAGCUGUGGUUGAGAAGGGAAAGUCAAGGUUAAGUGAAAAUUCCUUUAAAUAUAUUAAAAAACCUCUAUAUACUUCUAAUACUGACACAAAUACAUACCCUAGAAUUCUAUCAAACAGUGUUUUGGCUUUUGUAGAUGCUGACUCAGAGGGCUGGUCCACUGCCUUUGUGAAGAAAUGGUUACAGACUGAUUUUACUCCCACCUCUGUUGCCAAGAUGCUUUUCCCUCCUGAACACCCUGAACAAGCUGAGUGCAGUGCUGAAGAGGCUGUUCCUGCCUCUACAUUCAUGGAUCUGACAGUACAGCAGCCUCGGCUUUAUGCAGAAGAAGAGGAGGAGGAGCUUUAUAUCUCAGAGCCAAUGCAAGAAAUUACAGAUGCUCCUCCCUCCAUCCAGGUACCUACUGAGGACCUGUGUGCAGAGCCCGGCCAGCCAGCUACAUUUACAGCAAUCAUCACAGGAAGACCUACUCCUAAGAUAAAGUGGUACAAGGAUGGAGAGAAUCUUAUAUCCAAUGAGAAUGUGGAGAUAGUGCAGCAUGGUGCCCGCUGCUCAGUGACCAUAGUGUGCCCUGAGGGUGAAGACAGCGGCAUAUACACCUGCUUUGCCUACAAUGACUCUGGCCAUGCCUCAUGCCAGGCUCAGCUUGCAGUCGAGGAAGGUCCACUGGAGGGUCAGGAGAGAGAGGUGGAGCUGGGGAAGAGAAGGAAGUUAUUCUCUGUCUAUGAUGUUCAUGAGGAAAUUGGAAGGGGAACCUUUGGGGUAGUGAAGCGUGUAGUCCACAGAAGAACAGGUGAAAUCUUUGCUGCCAAGUUCUUGCCCUUGCGGAGCAGUACUCGGACCAGGGCCUUCCAGGAAAGAGACUUGCUCUCGCGUUUGGCUCAUCCCAGAGUGGCAUGUCUGCUGGACUUCUUUUGCACCAGACACACACUGGUGCUAAUCACAGAACUUUGCUGUUCUCAUGGACUUGUAGACCAUUUAUUACUGAGAGGAUCAGUCUCAGAGAGAGAGGUUCAAUCAUAUAUUCAACAAAUUCUUGAAGGAGUUGGUCACAUUCACAGCAUGAACAUCUUGCAUCUGGACAUUAAACCUGAUAAUAUCCUAAUGGUAUAUCCACCAAGAGAUGAGAUCAAGAUCUGUGAUUUUGGCUUCUGCCAAGAAAUAGACACAUCCAGACACCAGUAUAGUAUGUUUGGCACACCGGAGUUUGUUGCACCCGAGAUUGUUCACCAAGAACCAGUUACGGUGGCCACAGAUAUUUGGGCUGUGGGUGUUGUAGCCUAUCUGUGUCUGGUGUGUCGAUGCCCUUUUGUGAGUGAGACGGACCGUGCAACUCUGCUGAGAGUUGGGGAGGGGACCCUGAACUGGGAUGCUCCUGAUGUCAUGUGCAGGAGUCCUGAGGCCCAGGGCUUUCUUCACAUGGUCCUUCAGCCAGAUCCAGAGAAACGGCCAUCUGCCUUUGAGUGCCUGAGCCAUGAAUGGUUCCAGGAUGAGCAUGCAGGAGAAGACACUGAUGAAAUCAGCACAAAGAGUUUGAAAGUCUUCAUCUCAAAAAGGAAAUGGCAGAAGUCUUUGACUUGCAUCGGAUCAGUUCUCACAUUGAGGCCCAUCCCUGAGCUGCUGGACGCUCCUCUCAGAGAGACUUCAGUGACGGUGCUGCGUGAACCCCAAGAGCACAGCAGCACCUCUCUGAGCAGUGGCUCCUCAUCUGAGUAUGAAGAGACAGACUCUUGGGACUUUUUCCAUCACUGCAGCCCAACAGAGGAGGAAGAGGAAACAGAGGAGGACUAUGACCCUGUAAUGGAGAGAACACAGAUCCCUGAGCCUUUUACCAAACUCCAUCUAGAGGCAGAGGAGGAAGAGGAAGUCACAUUAGGGGAACAGGAGGAUGGGGAGAUGGUAAAAAGCAAGAAUGCAUUAGAGCGAAGUAUCAGCAGGCACUCAGUUGCAUCAUCAGAUGUGUCCUGCCAACAGACACCACAGUUGGAGCGUAGGUUCAGCAAGGACAGCAGUUCGUCUUUCCACCUGUCCGAAGGGGAAGAAGGUUCAGGGAGUGAUGGAAGUCGUAUCCCUCGGGGGAGCGUCAUCCGAAGCACUUUCUACAGCACCUCUCAUCAGCUUUCACCAAUGUCUGCCAGACAAAUGUCAUUACGGGAUAAAUUCCAGGCCAAAAAGCAGGAGAGGGGCCGCAAACCACUCAGGAGGAGCCGCUCAGGACGUCUCAACGAGCCUCUCAUUGAAUAUGUGGAGGAUGAGACUGAAACCAGUCGUGGCCAGAGACGGGGAUCUAUCCAGCCCACAAUGCAGAAGUCCUGCUCAUUUGAUGGUGGAGUUGACCAUGUCUUUGCCAAUGUCCCAACUCACAGGAGGAGCAGGUCCCUUGAUGAGUAUUCUCGUCGAUCUCCCAGCUCACCCAGCCGCACAACACCAGGUGAAGAAGAAGAAGGCUCUCAAAGUCUGAAGGAAGAUUUUACAGAUGAUGAAGUGGCAGGUGGAAACUUUCUGGCCAUCCCAAGUCCACAGCGACCACCAAGAAGAAGAGGCUCUGAUGCUCCAAUACAAGAGACUCACACACUGGGUGGAACAUCUGCUCCCUCCAGCUGCCUUGCAGGAGAUCGAAUGAGAACCAGGCUGGAUCAGGAGCAGACAGAGGGAGAUACUUUUGCUGGCUCCCAGGGGUCUCUGGCUGAGUCUUCUAUUUUGGAGCACGGCGGCUCUGAGUCUUCAAGUAGACUAGGCUCGUAUGAGGAGCUGAGUCAUGGCCACCUCAGAGGAAGAUACAAAUCAGGAGAGAAUGAAGGGUAUGAUGACCAGGGGGAUCAUCUGAUUUCAUCAUCCUCUUGUUCAUUCCAAGAAGUUACACCCAGAACCUCAUUUCCCCAAGCACCACCACGUAACCGCACCCGCUCUAACCCCAACUUGUCUACAAACAGCAGAGGUCAGAUGAGGACCCCACCAGUUCCGAGCCCCAGUUCCAGCCUCUCCUCUCUCAAAGCUCCAGAAAGGCCUCCCAGGGUCAGAGACAAAAAGGCAGACUAUGGCCUUCAGAGGCAUGCAUCCGCUCCAGCCCUGGAAGUCCAGCCAUCCACAGGAAAGUCACCCAGACUGGGACUGCUGAAGAUUUUUCGCAGGCAAUCCUGGACGGGCCAUUCAUACUCACAGCUGCAAAACACAGGGCUAGGACCCACACUAGGAGAAAUCAUGAAGCCUGAUACACCCACCAUGUCUCUAAGGAAAAAAAUGAGAGCCUCAGCCUCCAGCCUGACCAAACUGUUUACCAGAUCUUACAGUAAGGAGGAUGUGAGUAAAGGAGGGCCAAUAGUAAAAGGAUCAGCUCCCAUGACACCUGAAAGAGAGAGUAGCUCUGGUCUUGAGAGUCCAAAAAAGAGGACCUCCAAAAUCUUGCCUUCUUUCAAAAUUCCUGCAUUCAAACGGACAAAAGAUUUGCCAGUUUGCCCCAACAAGGCUGACGUGCUCCAGUUAGAUGGAGGAGGAGUGCUGCUGGUUUGGAGACCAGUCCAGUCCGAUCACCCUGUUACCUACUGUGUGCAGUACUGUACAGAUGGUGGGGAGUGGACUGUCCUGUCAGAGGAGGUGACAGAUAGCUGCUAUGUGGUGAAGGACUUACCAAGAGGAGCAUCCUAUGUGUUCAGGGUGGGGUGCAUCACCAAGACAGGAGCAGGACCUUUCAGUGAUGCUUCAGCGCCUGUUGUUCUGGCUAGUCACCCUGAAGAGACUCACAUUCCUCUCAUCCAGACUGAGGCCCUGGGGUCAAAGGUCACUGGGUCAGAACUACAAGCAACACGCAAGAACUACAGCUUCCUCUCUGAGAUCAACAGGGGUCGUUUCAGCGUUAUAACCUUGUGUAGGGAUGUUGAGACCAGCCAAGUGUUUGCUGCCAAGAUCACGCCUUACCAGGCAGAGCAGAGACAGCUGGUGCUGAGGGAGUACCAGCUGCUGAAGAGGCUUCACCAUCCCCACCUGGUUCAGCUGCACACCGCCUACAUCACCUCAUCCUACAUGGUGUUAGUGGAGGAGCUUUGUCCCGGCAAGGAGCUGCUCUAUAGUCUGGCUGCAAGAGAUUUGUAUGCAGAGACUCAUGUCGCAGAGCUUCUGGUUCAGAUUCUGAGUGCAGUUGACUACCUUCACAGCCGUCGAGUCAUCCAUCUGGACCUGAAGUCUGACAACAUGCUGGUAGAUGACUGUAACCACCUUAAGAUAGUUGACUUUGGCUCAGCUCAGUCCUUCACUCCUGGACAGCCACUCAACGUCGAGCACAUCCAUGGCCUGUCGGAAAGCAGAGUUUAUAUUGUCCUUCCUAAAGCUCCUGAAAUCCUUGAGGGUCAGGGUGUCGGGCCUGAAACUGAUGUUUGGGCUAUUGGAGUUCUGUCAUUCAUCAUGCUGAGUGCCGACAGCCCAUUUCAUGCAGAUCACAGCUGGGAACAAGACAGAAACAUCAAGAAGGGGAAGAUCCAGUUUGGACGGUGUUACCCCGGUCUGUCAGAAGGAGCCUUAAGCUUCAUGAAGAGCAGCCUAAAUAACAAAUCUUGGGGCAGACCCACUGCAGCUGAGUGUCUUCACAACCCGUGGCUACAUGCCCAUCGUGCUCCACACAAAGUUCGACGCUCCAAAGUGUGUUUCUCCACAGACAAACUUAAAGCUUAUCUCAAGCAGAAGGAGGAGAAACGAGACCAGGUCCACACCAAGCUUCAAGGUCCCUUCUUCCAGUAAAGACGCCUUCUUCCAGCAAUGAUAAAAAAAAAAAAAGUUGGAAUUUCUUUCACCAGCAUUUUUUUCUUAGAACUAUGCAGCCUCUUUUCAGCUGAAUGUUUCCUUGUGGGGCUCCUGAUUUUUAAAAUUGUUUCAGUAUCCUCUGAAAACAUGAUGGGUCUUAAUGAGUUUUCAAAAUGUACUUAUGAAAUUCGGUCAGAUGUGAGAGUGUGAUGCAUUUUGCAUGAUUUGGUUUACAUGGAAACAGCUUCAGCCUAAGCAGCGAGUGCAGACUGAGAGAUUUGAGAAAGUGUUGUUUUACUCCUCAGUGUCAGAGAGUUUGGCCUUACAAUAAAAGAUGUUUUCUGUGCUAUUCUGCUUCAUAGAAAAAGCAGUAUUUAAUUAAGACAUCUACAUUUUCUGCAUUAAAAUUGAAAUGUCUAAAUGGUCAAUUGAUUAGAUUACAGGUUUUGUUGGAUGCUUCUAAGUUUCAUAUUAAUAACCUAUAUUGGGUGAACAAUGAAUGGAAGAUUAAUUAAAUGUCACAAAAGCAGUCAGUCAUUGUCCUCCUUUAUUCAUUUGUAUGCAGACACACAUAGAUGCUUACAUGCAAGUGUUUAAAUGUAAUAUCCAGUAUGUAGUGACUUCAUGUACAGUAAAUCGUUGAAUCAUGAGUCCAUUUUGUAAUGACAUAACACUGGUCAUCAAUAUGAAUCAUAUCUUUGAUAAGACAAUUUGUUGCUACCAUCUUUUAGAAUUUGACAGGCAAAUAAAUUAUUGUAUA